GGUACAUGUGCGAAUUCACGUGCAUAUGAACGGUUUUAUACGCACUGUUAAACAAGUUGUCAUGCUGAAUUAUUUCUGAGAAUGGCUCAACAUAACAUUCCACCGUCUCCUAACUGGUAUUGCAGUAAAGUGAGUGAUGCAAAUCGCUCAGGCCUGUAUGUUUUUGGAGCCCGAAGUAAUGUUUUUAUGUUCAAAACAACAAACGGCGCACCAAAAUAUGUUGGCAUAUUUACGGACCAUAAAGACCGAGUUUCCACAGUGCUGCUUGGACAGACCGAAGAAACGUUGUUGCUGUGCUGCAGUACUUCCGAUGAUGGCACUGUCAAAGUGUGGGACACAUCUUCCAGACAAACUAUAAAAUUUCACUCCGAACAUAAAGAUAAAAUCAGUUGUGGUAGUUGGUCUAGUCUACAGCAUGAUUUGAUUGUUACUGGGGAUGAAAGAGGAAAUUUAAUGUGUUGGCAGUAUGAGACUGACAUCUGUCAGAAAUUUAAGCAAGAGAAAGAAUAUGUUUUUAGUAUUGCUUGUUCACCACAUAAAGAGUUUCAGUUGGCUGUUGGAUAUAAAUCCGGAACAGUUUUAUUAUUGGAUAUAACGAAGAAUUGUAAGGUGUUACACAAGUUACGAGGACAUGAUGAUGAAAUACAUAGUAUAGCAUGGUGUCCUGUACCUGGUGAAAAUAUCUUUCAUAAUGAAGAAAAAGAUGACAAUACAACAGGUUCUAUUUUGGCCACUGGUUCAAGAGAUAGAACUAUCCGAUUCUGGAGCACAGAGAAAGGUAGACAACUCUUCCAGAAAAAGUUGCCAGUAAACACAGGAUUUAAACGUGAACAGAGAGAGGAUGGAAGAAACAAAGUUUGGUUGAGUUUAUGUUGGAGGAAGGAGAAAUGGCACCAACUAAUUUCUAGUUCACAUGGUGGUGAUUUACUACUAUGGGACUUACAGCCGUCUGCUGAGAAAUCCAUGCAGAUUUUUUCUGCUUCUGAGGGAAAAUGUCAUACGCGUGUUGUAUUUAAUAUUUGUUGUGGUGGCGUUGAUAAUAAUUUACUCUUCACUAUUUCCAUGGAUCGCUUGCUAGGUGUAUGGAACAUGAAGACCGUGUCGUGCGUAUGUGCUGUACCAACUCUAGGUGGUUAUAUGUAUACAGUUAAAUCAUCUCCCGUUGAUCCAGGUCGUUUAGCUAUUGGUGUUGGAGAUUCUAUGAUCAGAGUAUGGAAUACUAACAAUAAAUCUAAUAUAUUUGACGUACAGACCCUUUGGCAGGGGAUUAAAUCUAAAGUUACCUGUUUAAACUGGCAUCCUAGUAAAAUGUCAUGA